CAGUCCAUCUCUAUCUCACCUGAAUCUCCCACACCUUUGCGCGGCUCUCGCAGCUAUUCUAACUUGCAAGCGCCAGCGAGCGUCCCGCCCCGACCAGCCAGUGCCGACAACCAAUCGCGCCCUGCCCAGAUGAUAACUAAUGGCCGUUUAAUAUGGCUCGAAGAACAGGAAAUAUGGGUCCUGGUCGAUUCCCUACCAGCACCAGCAGAACUGCCCCGAGCAGGAAACAACAAUACAUAUCACGUGGCUCAGAAUUCCAACAACCCUCUAAUCCAAUACUACGACCCGGUAGCUCGCGAAUACGAGAGUGAAGACGAGCUGCCGCCAUCUUAUGAAAGCCACCAAUUCAUGUCGAGACGACAUCUAACCAUUCCCCCGCCGACCAACCAACCGCAUCGGCGUCCACACAGAGGCCGUGACAGUGGCCGAGGCCGGACGCAAUGGGCGUCCAUUGCGGAACGACUAGAGCUUCAUCCUAGGUUGUUUCAAAGAGAUUUCCACGACGCGAGACAUGUGCGACGUCUACCGCCGAAUAUGAUUCCCUACUAUUGGUAUUACAGAUAACUGUUCGAUCGCAGUCAGCCGGCUGCUGCUAGUUAUAACGGAUAUGGCAUUGGUUGGAUUGUGAUAGGCUGGAGUUAUGGUUUAUUUAUUAUCUAAGUUAUGGCUCGGGUCAUGUUGAUUAAUUGAAGAAUGUUUUCAGCGAAUACCCUUUCCGUU